AUGGGGUGCACGCCAUCACACACCGUCAUCGUCAACAGCGUUGCCAAGAGUGGCAUUCAGUUUUUUAAGAAGCCGAAAGCAAUUUUGCCAGGAUGUCAGUGGGGCAGCCCCAAAUGCCCCAUCCCUUUGCUGGUUCAAAGUUCCACUUUCUGUGACUCUGAUGGCGAGUUGCACCUGGGAGAGAGGCUGACAGAGGAGACGGUGGCAAGUUCCAAGAAGCUGCAGGCCAUGGCUGAAGGUGUUCGUCAGCUCCCAAAAGCUAUGGAAGGUCUGAUUCCAGAAAGCCAAACCUUCCAGGUGAACAAACCACAAAGCCACAGGGCUACGGACAUUUCGUUCAGGACAGAAGGCUCCCACGGGACACAGGAAGUAGAUUUCUCUGGGAAAGAGAGGAAGGAGAACACUCCCCAGGAGACCUCCAAAGGGGACAGAGAGCCAAUGUGCCAUCAACCAGACAGCCAGGACCAUUGCUGCCAAUCAGCUCCCGAGUCAAAGGGCAGAGUGGACUUCCCUGAGCCCCUGGUAAAGGCCCACCAGCAUGCUUAUGCCUACCUGCACACCAGCCUUUCCAGAUACGAAGCCAUUGUGCGCCUCGUCCAGCAAGCCAGCCAGACCUGGGGGCUGCUGCGACCCAUGCUCAACUUCCUGCUGCUGUGCUUCGAGGAGGCUGGCCAGCUUCUGGGCGAAAUCUCUAAAGAUGGAGAUGUGCUCCUCCAGGAAGUUCGAGGGGAUCUGGCGUGGCCACUGAGGAAAGGUGAGCCCUGGGAACAACACCCAGACCUCCUGCAGCAGCUGCUGCAAUACACAGUCAGCAAGCUGCGUGUGCUCCAUGGCACAGUGGCCGCCCUCACCGGGAGCUUCUUGGAGGGCUCCAGCAGCUGCCUCAGAUCCACCGCCGGCCACCUGGAAGGUAAGCUGAGCACCAAGAGAGGUAUAGAUGAAUGUCUCCUCAGGGCCCUGGGACAGCUAGAGAGCCUGUCCAGUGGCCACGGUGAUGCAGGGCUGCUGGGUCCACCCUUAUGCUCUGAGGACAGUGGCAUCGGUGCUGACAAUGAGUCUGUGCACUCCGUGGAGAAGCUGGGCAAGCAAGCCAGCUGGGACUUUGCAGCAGAACUUGGAGAAUGGAAGCCAGGGACUGCAGCCCAAGUGGAGGCCAGGCCGUCAGGGCCCGCCUGGCAGGAAGGUCCAUACUGGACAGGUUCAGACAGACCCCAGGACUGUCCACUGUCGAGUCCUAGGAUAGCAAAGGUUCAACCCGCAGUGCAAGAUGAAGCCAGGAGCUCGAGCACUUCCGGCGCAGGCCCAGAAGCAGUCGCCUCCGGGCCUUCAGAGGCUGCUGAAAGCCUUCCGUGGGACUCUCUGGGGGCUGAGAUUCCUGUGCGGACACCACUUUCUCGAAGCUCUGGGUUGACGGAUGCUCCAUCCCUGAGUGAAGAGGAAGACUGCAGCCCAGAGGAGGAAGAUGAACUUAGCAGCACCGACCUGCACCCUGAGCCACAGAAAGCCCUACCUUCAAGACCACGGUCCUCACCUGACACGCGGGAAAGCCUCUUUCAGCCCUACUCCAAGGAGCUUAGGAACCCCCAGGCCCAGGAAAUGAUUCUGAAGAUGAAAGAGGCCAUCAGCGAAAGGAUCAAGUUUGUCCCCGAGCCUUCCAGACCCCAGGACUGGACUGAGGAGGAGGAAGGGGGAACAGUGGUCCCUCCAAGACCCAGAUCCGUCAGUGGCAGCAGGGGGUCCCCUGAGAGACAAAGGAGGUCGCAAUCAGAGGGAUGCCUGAAGAGCCACGUGGAAGACCACACCCUCCAGGAACUGAGGAGGGUCCAGACAGACCUCAGUCGGAGGCUGGAGGUAUUUUAUGCCCUGGGUGCCACACGGCAGGGGCAGAGCCAGGAACGAUGUCUGCCAUCCAGGGCAUCAGUGCUAUGGCCCCCCACCAACUGCAGGGUGAGUCCCAGUAGUGCCAUCAGCAAGUUCAAGGCUUCUCUGACCCAAAACUUCAGCAUUUUGCCCAAUCAAGACAAGAGCAUCAUCCAAAAAGGUAGUCCCUGCUUUGACAGUGAGCAGCCCUGCCAGGGGAAGGCUGAAAAGCUGCCAAAUGCCGUCAUCUUUUGUGGCAAGAAGAGCAGUAGGGCUCCCAGGGACAACGAACGGGACAUCAGGGCCUGUCCCACCAGACCAUCGGUUAGGAAGCUUAUUGAGACCUUCAGUCCUACUGAGAGUCUGAGGAUGCCGAGGAACUGUAGGAACUUGGGGUCGAGCCCCUGCCUCAGGAAAUGGGGGGUUCCUGCCAUGCCUCCCAGAUUUCCUAUUUACAGGGGGCUAGCCCCCCUGUAUCCUAAGCCCCAGAUUUCUCCAGCAGCAGGCUGGAGGCCUUCUGCACCCUUUCCCUCCCUUCCUCCAGCUGAAGUGUUUGAGAGUGAAGACAUUAGCGGUGACGUGGAGGAAGACCUAGAGAACCUCCCACCACCACCUCUGGAAGUCCUGAUGGACAAAUCAUUCGCUGCUCUGGAGUGUCCAGAAUGUAGCCAGACAGCAGGGAGCUCCCUGGAAGAGACCCUGUUACCAAGUCUUCAAGAGGCUAGCCAUCCAAAAAGAACAUGGGCUUCCCCCAAGCUGAAAGCCUCCAUGAGCCCCAUGGACUUGCUCCCCAGCAAAGGCAGUGGCAGCUCCCCGAGGCUACACAGCACUAAACCCGGGAGCACCAGGAUUGUGGGCAAUUCCAGAAAGUUGACCUUGGACCUGAACUCUCAGCAAACAGCUAGCCCAAGCUCAGAGGCAGAGAGCGGGGCUCAGAUCCAGGCCCGAGCAGAGACUAUAGCAGGCUUCUCCAAGCAGCACCAGAAGGCGAUUCCCUGGCACCACACCAACCCUACACCUGGGCCAAGCAGGACGUUGGAGCCCAGCCUGGCCAGGUUUUCACGAGACCCACACUCUCCAGAAGCGUCCAGGAAGGGUCCAGAGAGAAGCCCUCCACGAGUCAGAAAGGCCUCUUCCCAAAGAGCACAGUGGGCACCCCAAGGGGACAGGAGGCUGCAGAGCCUGCCCUCCACUCAUGGACCAUCCCAGCCGGACCUCCCUGCUGUCCUCAGCUCCCCCAGCCCUCCUCUGAGCCCCAGGACCCUGAGCCCACCAGCCACAAGGAAAACUACUUCCCCACCAUGCCAGCACCCGCAGUCCAACCCAGCCCCAGGGAGCCCUCCUGUCCGACAGACAGAAACAAACACCCCCUCCUCUGCCUCCUCUUCAUCGCCCUCAGUGUCUCCAUCACGGGGGUCCAAGGACUCAAUUCACUCUGAGGACAGUGAGGCUACCACAGCCAAAGCAUCCAGGAACACGUGUUCCAUAUUCUUCCCAGCCACCACUUCUCUCUUUGAAGCUAAAUCUUCAUUCUCAACAUCCCAUCCACAGAUGCUGCCAGAACCUGGAGGCCUUUUGAGGACCCCAACAGGAGGCUGGAGGGGCAGCUCGGGGCAGCGACUGAGGGCAGACUCACAGAAGAGAACGGUGCUGAAUGCCCUCAACCCCCUGCCUUUUGUCAAAAGGACAGCUUCAGACCGCCAGCGCCAGCAGGGCGACCCGCUUCAGCAGUCCCACUCAGACUGGGAAUUCCAUCCCUGCCAAAACAGCAGCAGCAGCAGCAGCAGUGAGGAGAACCCCAAGCAAGAACUCCCACCUUGGAACAACUCCAGAGUCCCAGAAUUGCAGGGUAGUAGCACCAAGUGGGCAUCUCCUUUGGAGCUCUGUGUGCUGGGCCAUGGGCUGCAGCCAGAAGCCCGAAUGAGCCGCGGCCAGGACAGACCCCAGCCAGAGUCACAGCCCCAGCACAAGGAAAUAUCUUGACACGUGGCUAGUGGGGUUACCCUAGAACACAUGAAGUACUAGUGACAUGUUCACUCUGCACCACGGGUGGUAGGCAAACCAACUCGCACUGUGGUUGAUUUGGAAGGACCUUGAAGACACCCCCACCAAAGGGUUUUCAAAAUCUUAAACAACAGCUGGAUUCACUUCCAGAUGCUGCUUUGCCUUGGGUUUAAAUGUUAAUGGAAACUUUAGACCCCACAAGGAUACCCUUUAUCUUUUUGAGUGCUGGCCUUAAUUAGAGGGAUAAUAUAUUCAUGCUUAGAGGGCCAUGUGUCUUACAAGAUAACCAUUGGUAAUCAUGCAGCAUUUAAACCACAACAAUGUGUGAAAUAGUGUCCUCCCGUUUUACAGAUAAGAAACCCAAAUGUGUCGGGGGAGACCCCCCCCCCAGAGUUGUGCUGGGAUUUCAGACAGAUGUGAGAAUGGAGCAAAACCGGGUACAGAUGUGGGUGGCCUUAGACUCUGCAUUCUUCAUUAUGUUCUAUUGCCUUAGACUAUUCCAUCACUGCACCUGCCUGCGGCAUAAGCAUAAAGAGAAUAAAGAGAAGCCUUUUGCAUUUAAGGUUAAAUGGUUUGAUGGCUAAUGUUCGGUCGUGUCUGUGAGGGAUUUCCUAGAUUGAGUUCAUUGAGAUAGGAAGACCUACCCCACUGUAACUGGCACCAUUCCAUGGAGGGGAGAGGGUCCUGAACUGCAGAAAGAGGAAGUCAGCCGGUUACAGGCAUUCAUUUCUUCCUGCUUCCUGAGUGGGGAUACAAUGUGACCAGCAGCCUCCAACUCCUGCCACAGCCAUGAUGGACUGCAUCCCCCAACUGGAGAGCCAAGACAAAGCCUUCCUCCCUCAAGCUGAUUUUGUCAGGAUACUGUGUCCCUUCAAGGAGGAGAGUAACUAGGACAAGUGGUAACACAGUGUUGAAGUCUCAAUUAAAAGCUUUAUUUAGAAGCUAA